GUCCAUGCUUCAAAUCCAAUGAAACAUUUCUCCCUCCCUCCCUCAUAAAUACCACAAAAAUCUCCCAUUUUUCUAAAAUCUAACACCACCAACCCCUCACCUAAACCACCAUGAUCCACCAUAAACCACCGCGAUCCACCACCGUCUUUUUCCUCAUCCUGUUUUACGUCACCACAUCUAUUUCCGCCACCCCUACAAUAUCACAACAAUUCAAAGAAGCACCAAAAUUCUACAACGCCGCAGACUGUUCACACCGCAGAAAUGACAACACCGUUACCGCCACCACCACUGACACCGCCACAAUCCACGUAGCCAUGACACUAGACUCAACCUACAUCCGUGGAUCAAUGGCCGCUAUUCUUUCAACCCUACAACAUUCUUCAUGCCCACAAAACAUCAUCUUCCAUUUCAUAACCUCCACAUCAUCAAACGCGUCACUCCUACGCGCCACCAUAACCACCUCAUUCCCUUACUUAAAUUUCCAAAUUUACCCAUUCAACACCUCCUCUCUUUCCGGCCUAAUCUCCACCUCUAUCCGGUCCGCCUUAGACUGUCCUCUUAACUACGCACGAAGCUAUUUAGCCGAAAUUCUUCCACCCCACGUCACGAAAAUCGUCUAUCUCGAUUCAGACAUUAUUUUAGUAGAUGAUAUUUCAAAACUUGCAUCAACUCCAAUUAACCAUCCAUCAGUAUUAGCAGCACCAGAAUAUUGUAAUGCCAAUUUCACAUUUUACUUCACUCCUACUUUUUGGUCAAACCCAUCAUUAGCAUUGACUUUUUCAAACAGACGCCCGUGUUAUUUCAACACAGGCGUCAUGGUCAUUGACUUGCACCAGUGGCGAGUCGGUGACUAUACAAGAAAAAUAGAAGAAUGGAUGGAAUUACAAAAAAGAAUUAGAAUAUAUGAAUUAGGCUCCUUGCCACCUUUUUUGUUAGUAUUUGCUGGAAAUAUAGUUCCAGUUGAUCAUAGAUGGAACCAACAUGGGCUCGGUGGCGAUAACUUUCGCGGUCUUUGUCGAGAUUUGCAUUCGGGUCCGGUUAGUUUAUUGCAUUGGAGUGGUAAAGGAAAGCCAUGGGUGAGACUAGAUGCAGAAAGACCAUGUCCAUUAGAUGCUCUUUGGGCACCUUAUGAUCUUUUGAAACCAACAUUUUCUUUUGAUUCUUAAUUAGAACAAAAGAUACGAUCGAUGGUUAUGAAGUGGAAGACAUGAUCAAUCAUGCAUCAACUUUUUUUGGUUUUGUUUUAUGAGGAUUUUUUUAAAUUUGUACAUUUGUUUAAUACUUAAAAAGUAGAAGGUUAGAAAAAUUAUAUUGUUGAUUUUUGUUGUAUUAAAAGAAGAAGAUAAAAAAAAGUCGAAGACUUUAAAGUUAAGGUGAUGUAAUAUAAGAAGUCCUUUUCUUGA